GCGCCAGAUUCCAAUAGCCUGCACAUACGAUGCCUUCACGAUCCAGAUCACGCUCUCGGUCGCCUCAUCGAAGUUCCCACCGCCACCGAAGCCAUAGAGACCGAUCAACGUCGCCGCGCCGGCAUUCCUCAAAGCAUCACAGCCACCACAGCCGCCAUGACCGCAAACGAAAGCGCUCUUCUCCCGUAAUCGCAGUACAGCUCCCUCUUAGAGCCAGUCCAAUUUCAAAGGAUGACUUCAUAAAGUACAGGAAUGUGUUUGCACUCUACCUGGACGUACAGAAGCAGCUCCUGAUAGAGGAUCUACCAGAACAGGAGGUGAGGGGCCGAUGGAAGAGCUUCGUAAAGAAAUGGAAUUCGAAUGUAUUAGCAGAAGGAUGGUAUGAUCCAGAGACCCAUGCGAAAGCGAAUGCAUCUGCAGGAGCGGAAGCAGAAGCAGCAUCACGAAACUCCCGAGAAUCUCCUCCCAUUAGCCUCAAGAACGCUCACGCGGCUCCCGAGGAAAGCGAUGAUAGCGAUAUCGGACCUGCGCUGCCAGACGAGGACUACAACAACAAUCGCACUUACGGCCCUGCACUCCCCUCAAGACAAGAUCUUAGGCUCCGUGAUGAAAUGAGUGCAGAGGAAGCCCAAGGUCGAAUGGCCGACCUCCGCUACGCUCGCAAACAAGACCGCGCAGCACAAAAGGAGCGGUUGGAAGAACUCGUCCCACGAGCAGACCCGGGCAGUCGCGAGCGACAACUUGAAAAGAAGAGAGAGACCACAGCAGCCAAUCGGUCGUUCCGGGAAGCAAAAUCGCCUGGAGCUGAGGAAGUAGGUGACGGAGAUCUCUUAGGUGACGACGCGGAUGCAUUCAAGGCGCGCAAGAAAGCAGACGAGCGCAAGAAGACGGAGCGCGAGAUCAGGAGAGAAGAACUGAACCGCGCGCGAGCAGCGGAAUGGGAGGAGAAGAUGGCAGAGCACAGAGCAAAGGAGGACAAGACAAUGGCGAUGUUGAAAGCAAUUGCAAAGGAAAGGUUUGGCUAGAGAGAUGGCUAUAUCGAUAUACACCAAUCGUAGGCUCACUCAAAAUUCUCAAACGCGAUCACGACCAUAACCGCCGCAAAGUCCCACCCAGCAUAACCUCUUGUACACGUAAGAAUGAUUACUUGCAAC